UUUAAAUAGAAUGUUCAUUCCCUUGAAACGAAACAGGUCAUAACCCUAUAGAGUUUUGUAUGUCUUGACAUUCCUGGGUAGUCUAUGUCUUUUCCACGAGGUGUUCGAUGGUGCAAAUCUGGCUUUUGGGAUAUUGAGUGAUUUGCUCUUUCUUGUUAUCUGAAUUUGCUGUACGUUUUCUGUUUACGCACAUUUCGUUAAGUCAAAAUGCCGAAGAAUAAGGGAAAGGGAGGUAAAAACAGGAGAAGGGGUAAAAAUGAAAAUGAAACGGAAAAAAGAGAAUUAGUUUUCAAAGAAGAUGGACAAGAGUAUGCACAAGUCACAAAAAUGCUUGGCAAUGGAAGGUUAGAAGCAAUGUGCUUUGAUGGUGUCAAGCGAUUAUGUCACAUUCGUGGAAAGUUGAGGAAAAAAGUAUGGAUUAAUCAAGGUGACAUAAUAUUAAUUGGUUUGAGAGAUUACCAAAAUGCAAAAGCUGAUGUUAUAUUGAAGUACACAUCAGAUGAAGCUCGUAAUUUGAAAACUUAUGGUGAAUUUCCUGAAACUGUACGUAUCAACGACACUGUCACCUUUGUCGAAGAUGGCUUUGAUGAAGAUAUUGAAUUUGGUGAUGAAAUUAGUGAUGAUGAUGAAGAUGAUGUUGACAACAUCUGAUGACCUUCAGUAUAAAAAUAAAAGGUAUGGUACAAGAGUGCAUGGAAACACCUAUUUGUUUUACAAGAUGCUACCAUUUGUUGCGCAAUUAAAAUAUUAAAAUUUUUUCGAAAUAAGUAGUCAAUUUUCUGUAUCUAUAAAUAAAUUUUCAUUUAUUUGUAUAAUAAUAAUUUCCAGCGCAAAAUCUUCAGUCCUGGACUGUCAGGAUUUAUCAGCGUUAUUAGACGUGUUGUAUUCACUGUAUAGCCUGUCUUUUAUUUUUAUGUGACCUUAAAAACAAUGUCCUACUUCUAAUAGGAUAUUUUAUACAUUACCCUAAAUAAUCUAACAAUUGUGAAAAUAAAAUUGUUACCAAAAUUUGAUUUUAAACUAAUCAGUUAUUGUAUAACUUCAUAUUUGGUUGAAUUCAAUUAUAUAUAGAUAGUUAUAUUUACAAUUAUUUUGUAUGUAUCAAAUUGUUUCAUUGAAUACUCUAUUAUACAACUACAUGUGCAACUAUUAUUUUGUUUAUGUAAUUGUAUUUACUGAUAACUAAUUGUAUUUUAAGAACAAAAUUAUUAAUUGUGAAUUAUAGAAACAGUAUAUCAUAAUCAUGGUUAUUUGAAAUUUUAUUUAGAAGUAUUUGUCAAGAAAUAAGUUUCGGAAACAGUUCAAAAAGUAGAUCAGAUACGUAUUUAAAAACAACUUAUUUAGCAGAACAAAUUAUUUAUAACACGUUUAUUAUAUGAAUAUUAUAAUUUGUAUUUCUGUAUUAAAAAUUUAUCCGAAUAUUCAUAUCAUGUUACCUUCUGUAUAAAUCCAUGAAUGUGUACUAAAUAAAAUUAAUGUCAGCUG